AAUACAAAAGGGUAAACAAUCGUACACAUUCACACAUUCUCAUAUUCAAACACACCUUUACCCACACCCACCACAAGAGAUAGAAAUUAUAAGUUCUUACAUUUAUCUCCAUAAAAACCUAUGACCACCAUUGCCAUAAAAAAUCUAUCCUUUUCCUUCACUUUUUCUCUCUGUUUAAACACUAGAGAGAGGGGGAGAGACAAAACAUUCUUAGUAAAAGUUAAGGUAAUUGAUAAAUAUAGAAAUGGAGGUGGAGGCCGAAAGCAACAUUAUUCGAAGAAACAAAAACAACAACAGCCGUGGUGGUGCCGAUGAUCAUGAGCAAGAUCCGGCGGGCAACAUAACAUUUGGAAAGAAAUGUAGCCAUAUAGCUAAGAAACAAAGAGCUAAAUUCUAUAUAGUAAGGCGUUGCAUAGCCAUGCUUGUAUGUUGGCACGAGAAAGAAAAAUAAUACACCUUUCUUCCGCUACCUUAAUUUAUUAAUAUUCCGAGGUUAAGUAAUUAUUAUCA